AUGACUUCAAAUACAAAGGAAGACCUUACUGAAGUUGUUAUUUUAUCAGCUAUACGAACGCCUAUUGGUGCAUUAAAAGGAUGUUUAUCAGUUCUGAAAGCUCAUCAACUUGGUGCAGUAGCAAUCAAAGGUGCAUUGGCUAAACUAAAUGGCACAAUAUUACCAGAUGAAAUAAAUGAAGUUAUUAUGGGUCAAGUAUUGACAGCUAAUGAAGGUCAAAAUCCAGCACGACAAGCAGCACGUAAUGGUGGCUUACCAUAUCUGAUACCGGCAACCACAGUUAAUAUGGCUUGUGGUUCAGGCUUGAAAGCAAUCAUUCUUGGUGCUCAAGCUAUUCGUACAGGUGAUGAUCAUAUAGUAAUUGCUGGUGGACAAGAAAGUAUGAGUCAAGCACCACAUUGUGUCUCAAUGAGAUAUACAAAGAAAAUGGGUGAUACUACUCUUAUUGAUUCAAUGGUGCAUGAUGGACUUAUAGAUGCAUUCAAUCAUAUUCAUAUGGGUAUUAUAGCCGAAAAUAUUGCGGAAGCACGUAGUGUUACACGACAAGAACAAGACGAAUUUGCUUUACAAUCUCAACUUAAAUAUGAACGAGCAACAUCAUUAGGACAUUUCGAUACGGAAAUCGAACCAAUUAUCAUAUCCACUCUGAAAAACGAUGUUGAAAUAAGAUAUGAUGAAUGUCUACGAAGAGGAAUGUCCAUAGAAACCAUGUCAAAGAUGAAGACAGUGUUCAAAGAAGCUGGAACGGUAACUGCAGGCAAUUCAUCAGAUCAUAAUGAUGGAGCUGCUGCUGUAAUUCUUUGUUCAAAUCGUAUUGCUAAAUUAAAACAACAAAUUCCUUUAGCAAGAAUUGUCUCAUGGGCACAAACAGGCACUGAUCCACUUAUUAUGGGUUUAGCACCAAUUAAAACUAUUCAAGAAGUUUUACGUAAAGCAAAUUGGUCGAUUGAUUCAGUUGAUUUAUUUGAAUUGAAUGAAGCCUAUGCUGCUCAAUCAGUAGCUGUCAUUCGAGAACUUCGUAUUAAUCCUGAAAAAGUUAAUGUAAAUGGUGGUGCCAUUGCUCUUGGUCAUCCAAUUGGUGCUUCUGGUGCCCGAAUUCUCGUUACAUUGAUUCAUACACUUAUACGAACAGGUUUAAAACGAGGUUGUGCUGCUUUAUCUAUUGGUGGUGGUAUGGGCAUCGCAAUAUGUAUUGAAGCCUGUUAA